GGUCCCGGCGGGACGCACGGCUGCUGGGCGUCGCUGCCGGUCCUUGUGCGUAAUGGAGGGGACGGCUGUGGCUGUCUGUGAGAUUUUGAAAUAUUUAAUAAUUCACUGGAAGUGUGAAACAGCAAAUGGAGCAUUGCUAGAAGGACAGCUAGUGAUUUCCAUAGAAGCAUUAAAUUCUAAGCAACAGGAAAAUACUCUUCAUUGUGUAACAACUAUUGCUUCUUCAGAAAGCAUAUAUGGUGGUUUGGUCUACAGGAACUUCCUAAAAGAAAUGCAAUCUAUACUGCCUGGAUCCUCUGCAAAACUGAAUUGGACUUCCGAGGAAGUCAGCUAUUCUCAGGACAUUUCAAGGGUAACACCUUUCCAGAUGACUUUUGAGGUUGAUGAAAAGCCAAGAACUUUGAUGACAGAUAGUCUGGUUAUAAAGAAUUUUUUACGCAAAAUUGUCAUGGUGCACCCUAAGAUUAGAUUUAAUUUCAGUGUAAAGGUGAAUGGUAUCCUCUCCACGGAAAUCUUUGAGGCAGAGAAUGAACCUACUUUGAACCUGUCGAAUGGAAUUGCUCUUGUCGUAAACUAUCAGCAUUAUAUGAGUAGACCAAAAUUUGGUACAACUCAAUCACUCUGCAGCAGAAUCCAUCCUGUACUAGGACAUCCAGUAAUGCUUUUCAUCCCCAAUGACGUGGCUGGCGUGGACUUGUUGGGAGAGCUGAUACUGACUCCAGCUGCUGCUGUGUGUCCCUGCCCAAAGAUCUCUUCCAACCAGCUGAUGAAUAGGAUUUCUUCAGUUUCCAUAUUUCUAUAUGGACCUUCGGGUCUGCCUCUGAUAUUGCCAAGCCAGGAACAAUCAAUUACUACUGUCUUCAAAGAUACCUCUUAUUUCAUUGACUGGAAGAAGUACCACUUGUGUGUGGUGCCCAGUUUGGAUCUCAAUUUGGAUAGAGAUAUGGUGCUUCCAGAUGUGAGUUAUCAGGUGGAAUCCAGCGAGGGGGAUCAGUCUCAAAAUAUGGACCUUCAGGGGCAAACUCUGCUGCUCAUUCUCUUUGUGGAUUUCCACAGUCAGUGUCCAGUCCAGCAAAUGGAACUCUGGGGAAUUCACACUUUGCUCACAGCUCAUCUCAGUACCAUCCUCCAAGAGAGCCACAGCGCGGUGCAAGAUUCCAUCCAGUUUGCCGUGGACCAGGCCUUGGAGCAGCAUCACCAGGCUGCCAAGGUUCAUCAGAAACUCCAGACCUCACUCUCUGUGGCUGUGAAUUCCAUCAUGAGUAUUGUGACUGGCAGCACCAGCUGCAGCUUCCGAAAGAUCUGCCUUCAGGCUCUUCAAGCAGCUGACACACAGGAGUUUGGGACCAAACUGCACAAAUCAUUUUAUGAAGUCACCCAGCACCAAGUUCUUCACCACUGCUCGUGUGAGGUGAAGCAGCAACUGCACCCAGAGAAAAAUGAUACAGAGGAGAGCACAGAGGGUGCACAUGAGAACAGCAGCCCGGAGCUCCAUGCAGGUAAGAGAGACGUGAUACCAUUCUGCAGCCUCAGCCUGUACCUGAAGGCCUGGGGCUGCUGGGUUUUGAUCAGGACAGGAACUGAAGGAACAGCUCUGAGGGACCAGCGGCAAGUAGCCAACAAGAAGUUUAAGAAGGGCAGCCUCCACCAGGUCCUGGAGGGAACAUGGGCUUUCCCCUCUGCCAGGGCCCCGAGUCCGUCAGAGCCUCCUCUGCGGCGUGGGGAGCCCCCCGCGGCCUCCAUGACUCCUAGCGGAAGCAGGGCGGACCCCGGGAACAGCCCGGAGGACGCACUGUGGCUGCAGGAAGUCUCCAACCUGUCCGAGUGGCUGAGUCCCAGCCCCUGAGCCAAGCCCUCUCCCCCGCGCCUCCGCAUCGGCUUGGCAGAUGUUGAGGACACGUGUAGUCUGUUGUUCAAUAAACCUGCUCCGUGAGCUCUGGGUUUGUUUCAGUGUCGAGGG